ACCGUCCUGUCGCUUGCGCGGUGACCCCUGGCUGGUGGAUCCGCCUCUCUGGCCUUGGUUUUCCCGAAUGUGGAACCAGCAACGCGCAUCUCCGGGCCUCUGCACCUACCCUUCGUCCGCACUGUGCCCGGAGGCGGCUCCCUGGUCCUCAGGCGCGUUUUCUAGCCGGGAAGACAGAGGCCCUGCGUGCGACCCGCAGCCCGCGUUCCCGCCGCCCAUUGUAGGUGUGGGGCUUCGGCUGUGCCCGCGAGGCUCGCCCCGGCUCGGCCUCUCACGGCCCCGCCCAGCCCUCGAGCUCCGGUGGGGCCGGCAGCGUCGCUGAUGGACCCGGUGCAGCCUGCCUUUUGGCCCCCUGGCUCAGCUGUGACCUUUGAAGAUGUGGCUGUAUAUUUCUCCCAGGAUGAGUGGGGGCUCCUUGAUUCAGCCCAGAAGCACCUGUACCACAAAGUGAUGCUGGAGAACUUUGAGCUCGUGACCUCACUUGGUUAUUGGCAUGGAGUGGAGGGUGAGGAGGCCCAUCCCAAGCGGAAUGUUUCUAUAGAAAGGGUGUCACAGGUCAGGAUCCCCAACGCAGAUCCUUCCACCCACAAGGAUAACUCCUGUGACAUGUGUGGGCCAUUCUUGAAAGACAUUUUGCACCUAGCUGAGCAUCAGAGAGUACACCCUGAGGAGAAACCCUACACAUGUGAAGCAUGUGGGAGAGAUUUUUGGUUCAAUGCAAACCUUCACCAGGACCAGAAGGAGCUCAGCGGAGAGAAGCCCUUCAAAUGGUACAAGGACAGGGAUUUGUUUGUGAAGAGCUCUAAUGUCCACCUGUCAGAGAAGCCCUUUGCUUGCAGGGAAGGUAGGAAGGCCAUCCUGGACAGCCAUGAUCUCCAGCAUCAGGCCAUUGACAGCAGGAGGAAGCCAUAUUUCAAUUUUGGACAGCUCCCAGAAAUCCAUACCACACAGAAACUCUUCCAUGGCAACAACUGUGGAAAAGCCUUUCUAAAGACCUCCACCCUCCUCAACCACCUGAGAACUCAUUCUGGUGAGAAAUCAACCUUUGUUAAUCAAAUAUUGCACACUGGAGAAAUAUCUCAUGUGUGUAAGGAGUGUGGGAAGGCCUUUAGUCACCUGUCUAAACUGAGGAAGCACCAGAAUUUUCACACUGGAGUAAAAUAUUAUGAGUGCAAUGAAUGUGGGAAAACAUUCAGCCACAAACUCACACUUGUUAAUCAUCAGAGAGUUCACACAGGAGAAAGACCUUAUGAGUGUAGUGACUGUGGGAAAGCCUUCAAUAACAGGUCACACCUCACUCGGCAUGAGAAAGUUCACACUGGAGAAAGGCCUUUUGAGUGCCUCAAAUGUGGAAGAGCCUUCAGCGAAAGCUCCAAUUUCCUUCGGCACCAGAAAGUUCAUACCCAAGUAAGACCUUAUGAGUGCAAUCAAUGUGGUAAAUCUUUCAGCCGAAGCUCUGCUCUCAUUCAGCACUGGAGAGUUCACACUGGAGAAAGACCUUAUGAGUGCAGUGAGUGUGGAAGAGCUUUUAACAAUAACUCCAACCUUGCUCAGCACCAGAAAGUUCACACUGGAGAACGUCCUUUUGAGUGCAGUGAAUGUGGAAGAGACUUCAGCCAAAGCUCCCACCUCCUGCGACAUCAGAAAGUUCACACUGGAGAACGGCCCUUUGAAUGCAGUGAAUGUGGUAAAGCCUUCAGCAAUACCUCUACCCUCAUUCAGCACCAGAAAGUACAUACUGGGCAAAGGCCUUAUGAGUGCAGUGAAUGUAAAAAGGCCUUCAGCCGCAGCUCCAGCCUAAUUCAGCACUGGAGAAUUCACACUGGAGAAAGGCCUUAUGAGUGCAAUGAGUGCGGGAAAGCCUUUGCUCACAGCUCUAGUCUCAUUGAGCACUGGAGAGUUCACACAAAAGAAAGGCCUUAUGAGUGCAAUGAAUGUGGGAAAUUCUUUAGCCAAAACUCCAUUCUCAUUAAACAUCAGAAAGUUCACACUGGAGAAAGACCUUAUAAGUGCAGUGAAUGUGGGAAAUUCUUUAGCCGGAAGUCCAGCCUCAUUUAUCACUGGAGAGUUCACACUGGAGAAAGGCCUUAUGAAUGCAGUGAAUGCAGGAGAACCUUCAGCAAUAACUCCCACCUGGUUCGUCAUCAGAGAGUUCACACACAAGAAAGGCCCUAUGAGUGCAGCCAGUGUGGGAAAGCUUUUAGUGAAAGAUCCACACUUGUUCGACACCAGAGAGUUCACAACAAAGAAAGGACUUAUGAGUGUAGCCAGUGUGGGAAAAUCUUCAGCCGACUUUGUAACCUUGCUCAGCAUAAAAGGAUUCAUUCCUAAGUGGAUCUUUAUGGAAGCAGACUUUGUGAGAAAAUUUUCAGCCAAGUCAAACUUCAUGCAGCAGAAUCCCCACCCCAAAGAAAUUACCUAUAUGUACCACUAAUGUGGAAAAGCCUUUAGAAGCUACUCUGUCCUUUCUGAUUAGCCCAGGAACCUUGGCAGAGCCAUCUCACCCUAGAACAUAAAGCAGAAUCCAUACCUA